GUUCUUUCGUCUUACAGGAAAUGAACGGACGACUGCUGAGAAAUCAAAAGCAACAUCAUUUAUCUGUCAGGAGGUGCUACAGGGCUACUACAGGAAAAGCCUUUUUGACUAGAUAGCGUAAAUAAGAUGGAGACUAGCACCACUACUGUGUACGGGGCCUCCUUAGCCGGUGGCGAGUUUGACUUUAUGAAAUUUAUCAAACAGCCACAAACUAUCUUACGGAUUUGUAGUUGGGUGUUUGCCAUUGUGGUUUUUGCCACCAUUACAGCGGAGGGUUAUGUAAACACCUCGGAUACACCCCAGCUGGCUUGUGUGUUCAACCAGAACGAUGGGGCAUGCCAUUACGGGCUGGGCAUUGGGAUCAUCACCUUCCUUGCCUGUGUGGCUUUACUCAUUGCUGAUGCUUACCUGCCCACGGUAAGCAGUGCCCAGGACAGGAAGCGCAUCGUGACAGCUGACCUGGGGUUCUCAGGGGCCUGGACCUUUUUGUGGUUUGUGUGUUUUUGUCUCUUGGCCAGUCAGUGGGCAAAAACCACUGAGAGGAAAGGCAUCCAAUCUGACUCCGUACAUGCAGUCAUCGUCUUCUCCUUCUUCUCCAUCAUCACCUGGGGGGCACUGACCUAUCUUGCACUGAUGAGAUUUCGCCAAGGUGUAAAUGAGAUCACUCGGAGCUCUGUCGAAUCCCCUCCAGAUCACACCACCCCUUAUACCACAUCCUACGUUCCUCCGGAUCAUAACUCACCACACCCCACCUCUACUUACCCCUCUGUGCCCUCCACCCAUUCUGACAUCUACCAGCCUUCUGCUUUCAUGCCCAAGUCAGAACCAAUGGUGCAUAAUGACUACCAGCCUCCAACCUACUGAUGGAAAUGAAGACCCUUCUUGAAAAUGGCAAACAGGGAUGAUUGUUGCCUAAACACAUGACAGAGCAUGGGAGGAAUUUGAAAGAGCAGCCAACAAGAGCUUUUGUAUUGACUGGCACUCCUUGAUGUUGAUUGGUUCUCUCAUUUCCACUGAAUUAUUUGUGGUUGUCUUUGGGGACAUAGUCUUUCUGUGUUUGAAAAGUGCUGCCUUUUUUUUUUUUUUUUCUGCAUUUGUAUGUUCAUGUAGCCUAGAGAUUAGCACUGAUUGCACAACUCAUGCUUAUAUUGUAAGUGAAAUUGUUGAUGGUGGAGCAGACUAUUUUUGCUCUCAAGCUCAUAGUUCAGUAAUGUUUUAUUUGAUCAUUAGACACAUUUGUUUUCAGUGGGUAAAUUGUACCAUGACCCUGAAUAUUAUGGCAAUUUUGAAUAUUAUGGCAAUUAACUGGUCAACUUGUAGUUUACUGUGAGAUGGUGACUGCUCAGGUUUUUUAAAUGAAAAAGAAACUCAUGAGUGGCACAGUCAGAUGUUAGCGUUAGGUAUUGCUUAGCAAGCAGCUGAUUCCUUAAUAACUUAACAUUCAAACAUCUUCGUGGAUGGCAAACCAAAAAAACAACAAUGUCCUACUCCAGUGCCAGUUAAACCAGUUCAUUAAUGUGCAACUUGAAAUGUUUGUAAUUCUUGCCAUACCUCAGCUGCAUUCUAAUUAUACUAGUGUUCCUCCUUGCUGUUCAAAGAACCAUUUAUGGAGCCCAAACUGUUAUUGAUAGGAUGUUCUGUAAUUUCCCAUAUAAUUGAAUCAAACAUGCUCAAACAAUCUUCAAAACAUACUACUUGGAUGUGAUAUUUCACACAUUUUAGACCUACUGUUGACAAUGUUAGUGAGCUCAGGUUAAUUCUGUUGUGCAGGUGAAUAUCAUAAGUUUGCAGUUUUUUCAUUUGUUGUCCUUUUCUGUAAGGAAUAUCACUCAUAGCAUGCUUUUGCCUUUGUUCUGUCCUCAUUGCUAGCUUUGCUCAGUCUAAUUUCCCUUGAACUUUAAGAAUAUUUUUUCCUCAGAUGAAUAUGUUGCUAAGAUAUUGCACUUCCAGGAUAUGCCAUUGCAUUUUUUAUUGCAACUUAACAGACUUAAAAUGUUUAUGGGUUUGCACUUGUUACAAUAUGAACUGCAUAAAAUGUCAUUGCACUUGAAGUAUGAAUAGCAUGCAAAUGCUAAAUGUUCAGUUUGUGCACAAGCGAGAAGAAAACUGUUGUAACGAGAGGAAAUAAAACUCCAUACCUACUUACCA